AUGCUCAGAUCGUUUGCCCUGAGAACGCUCCAACCCGGCCGGUUGUUGACCAACCGCAGAGCCUAUUCUGCCAUCAUCUCUGUCCACAGAGACACCCCUCAAGAUAACCCUUCGAUCCCUUUCGAAUUCAACUCGGAAAACAAGAAGCGGGCCGAAGAAAUCAUCGCCAAAUACCCUCCUCAAUACAAGAAGGGUGCCUGCAUGCCCUUGUUGGACUUGGGCCAACGUCAAUUGGGUUUCACUUCGAUUUCGGUGAUGAACUACGUCGCCAAGUUGUUGGACAUGCCCCCGAUGAGAGUGUACGAAGUUGCUACUUUCUACACCAUGUACAUGAGACACCCCAUGGGCAAAUAUAACGUGCAAGUGUGCACCACCACCCCUUGUCAAUUGUGCGGUUCCGAUGGCAUCAUGAAGGCUGUCACUGACUACUUGCAAGUGAAGCCUGGUCAAACCACCAAGGACGGUUUGUUCACUUUGCAAGAAGUUGAAUGCUUGGGUGCCUGUGUUAACGGUCCCAUGUUGGCUGUCAACGACGAUUACCACGAAGACUUGACCCCUGAAGCCACCAUCGAAAUCUUGAAGAAGUUGCAAAAUGGUGAAGACGUUCCCGCUGGACCCAUCUCGGGCAGAGAUUCGUGCGAACCUUUGUCGGGGAGAAAGGUGUUGUUGUCGAACGAACCCAACGACAUCAGAAAGUUUACGAGAUCUGAUUUGUAA